AUGGUUGAUGGGAAAAAAAAAACAGCUUCCAAGAAGGUGGCCAAGAAAGCCUUAAAGAAGCUGUCAGCAAAGGGCUGGGAGAAGCAGCAAAGGUCGAGGAAGGAGAGUUACUCCACCUACAUCUGCCUGAUGGAGCAGGUUCACCCCGACACCAGCAUCUUCUCCAAGGCCAUGAGCAUCAUGAACUUGUUUGUGCACGACAUUUUUGAGCACAUUGCAGGUGAGGCUUCCCACCUGGCCUAUUACAACAAGCGCAACAUCAUCAGCUCCCAGGAGGUCCAGACCACCGUGCGCUUGCUGCUGCCUGGAGAACUGGCCAAGCACGCUGUGUCGGAAAGGACAAAGGCGGUGACCAAGUACACCAGCUCCGAGUAA